AUGCCGGUCAACGAGUUGCCGCUGGAGAUACUGAGCCAGAUCCUGGGCCUAGUUACCGCUCCAGGGGGGACCGAACGACUCGACAGGCACCAUGCUGAGCAUAUCUCUCGCGCGCGGCUUGUGUGCCGUCAGUGGAACUCUUUGGCUGUUCGGCAUCUCUUUCACACCAUCACCCUUCGUCAUGGGGAGGGCGUAGGUGACUUCCGGACGUGGCAUCAAAUGCUUGAUAGCCCCGUAGUCCGAGACGUCGCAAGGGCUGCCGUCAUUGAAACUUACCCGGAGACCCUGUUCGAAGUUGAUUUUGAGGCGUUCAGUGCCUGGGAAUCAGAGGGUGUCUACCCUGCUUUCACCCACGCCAUCAACAGAGUAUUGGAGCUGGGUAAGCUCAAGACAGUGCAAGUCAGCUUCUCAGAGCACUGUGCUGGACUUGAAUACGAGAACGAAGCCAGCGGGAUGUACUUUGAAACACCGUCAUCUCGAAACCACACCCUCAGAGCUGUAUUCUCAGCUAUCCGCCAACGAGCCAAGGACCUAGAAGUCAGCAGAAUUACCAACUUGGUGUUAGUAAAUCUGCAGAACCUCCCCAACCCAGAGUUUGUGACGACGGAUUUAUUCCGAGAUGUCAUGAAAGAUAUAAAUCACCUCAAACUUCAGAUUGCGAACGAGGAUACUGGGGUAGGGACAACCAAUGGACAGCUGUGGCAAAUCGAGCGCCGCUUAUUUGAGCCAUUUCUACACCAAUACUGGCUUACCCCCCUUGCCGACCAGCUCACGAAACUGGAUAUUGGGUUCAAUGAGCUCUGGGGUAGCAUACCGGCGUACUUUGAUGGUGAAGGUCUUCUGUUCUCACGCCUAAGGAAUCUCAGGCUUUACAACUUUACGAUAUCACACCAUAAGCACUUUGACUGGGUACUGGCUCAAAAGUCACUCAAGUGUCUGAUACUGAAAGACUGCUAUAUUGCCACCUAUUUGGUACUAGCGAAAUCUGAUCUAGAGGAAUGGGAGUUGCCGACGCACGACUGGGACCGAUUUCCCGAUGGAGCAUUCGGUUUUAGCCGCGAGGCGGAAGCUGUCUAUAGCUUUAACGGGACUUGGAAAACGAUCUUCAACCGGAUUGAAGAGGAGCUUCCCCAUCUCUUAACAUUUCGAGCGCACUAUGGAGCCGCUGAGAAAUCUGCCAGUAGCGAGCUCAACCUCUUGAGCCCAUCUCGUUAUAUUGUUUUUGAAUACGGGACGACACCAAGCACUUGGGUUGAAGCCGACAUACAGACCGGGGAGAUGAUAUUUGGGGAUAACAAUCCAAGUUCGCUGCCACGAAGGUGGAUGGAUGGCCUUAUGCAUCCCCUGAAGAGGCGUAAAUUGAACGUUGCUAAGUACAGGCAAGAGGUGGAUGGCAUUGCAUUGGACAGUUUGGUCAAGAUAUUGAGACAACGUACAUACUAUCAAUAG